GCAUUCAACUACCACAGCUCGUAUGUGGAGACUCAGUGAACCAAGCUGUUGCUGGUUGUACCUUCUCACCCAGUGGGUAGAUAUGUAAGGAUGUACAACUCAAAGCGGUAGGUGUAGAGAGUGCGGCCACACUGAAAACUUCCCACUCCCAUGAUGUGUACGUGGCCGUCCGGAUGUUUUCUUAUUACUACGUUUUUCUUGAAGAAAAAAGGAAAAAGAAAACCCUAAUCCCGGCUUGAUUCAGUUUCAUUUUUCAGCCUCGCAUUACCUAUCUCUCUCCUCUCCUCUCCUCUCCUCUCUCUCUCUCUCUCGACAUAUAUAUAUACAUAUAUAUAUUAAUAUAUCCUUUUUCGCAACUCUGUAUUUUCUCUCUCUAAAUUUCUUUCUCGCGAUUUCUCCUUCUCAAACCAAAUCCGAUUCUCCAUUUCUGAACGACAACGAUUUGAAUUGACAAGUUUCGCUGUCUCCAUCGCUCGAUCCGUUAGAGCUAUUAUAACUUGAAAUUGAGCCAUGUCUCCAGCAUCUAGAUCUAAAUCCAAAGACAAAAAAGCUGGCAAGGAACCUCCAAAGGGUUCUUCAAAGCCUUCAGGACAUGUCAGCACCAGUGGUGGGAUCCCAUCAAGUGGUUACAAUCCUCUAUUGGGAACGUUCCAUACAUUUGAGGCUCCACCAGUGCCUUCUACUAGUCCACUUCAUGUUAAUGGCCGUUUUCGUAACAUAGACGAUACAGAUGAUCAGAACGGGAAUACAUUUGGGACUGGCGUUGAGUACGACUCUGUUUCCAAUAAUGGCAGCUGGUCUGGUGAGUCAGAAGACCAUAAAGACAAGGCAGCUCAGCCCACAUCACGGCAGGACUCAGUACCUGGAGCUGACAAUGACAAAAGAGAAAAAAUACGCCAGAAAAAUGAGAGGAAACAUCAGCGGCAAAAGGAGAGGCGAGCUCAAGAACUACAUGAGCGGUGCAGUGGCUAUCUCAUGUCGAGAAAGCUCGAAGCACUUGCUCAACAGCUUGUUUCCAUGGGUUUCUCUCAAGAACGGGCUACAAUGGCUCUCAUACUAAAUGAAGGUAGAGUAGAGGAAUCAGUAGCAUGGCUUUUUGAAGGAGGUGAAGAAGACAAGCGGAUGGAACAUAAUCUUGAUGGUGGGGGGAAUUUAAAAAUUGACAUAUCAGAAGAGCUUGCACGAAUUUCUGACAUGGAAUUAAGGUAUAAGGCAUCAAAGCAGGAGGUCGAAAGGGCUAUUGUUACUUUUGAGGGUGACCUUGAGAAGGCUGAAGAAAUGUUGAAAACGCAGAAACAGGAGCCUCCUGCUGUCCCUACCAAGCCUGAAGAAACUGGUGAUCCUCCAACUAUAGCCAAUGGCAAGCUAGCUAUUGCAAUGAAUCACAAUGCAAUAAGAGUACAAACCAAACCGACUUCAUCUUCUAUCAUACAACAAAAAAGGGAUGAAAAAGAUUUCAAUUAUACCAAAGUUUCUGUGACAAUAGGGCCUGCUAUGGAUCCUGGUACGAAAAGUAUUCAGGUACUGAAGAAGAUUCCACCUAAAAUGGAUUGGACCAAACAACAGCAGAUUGCAGGACCUGCAGAUAAAAGGUGGCCUGGUUCAGGAUCCAAUCCUUCGGUCUCUUGUUCGUUGGCAUCGCCUUUGCAGGCAUCGUCAUCUUCAGCCAAGAUGGAAGCACGUUAUCUUGCUGUGGGAAAUGAAUUGAAGAAUCUGCAGCUUGGGUCAGUGAGAGAACCUUCUCCGGUCAUUGUUAUGCAGCGGCCCCAAUCUGUUAACUCAAAGCAGACUCCCACCUCAAGUGUCAGCUCAUCUCCUCCGGGGACGGGUAUGGGCUGGUACCCUAACAAUGUUGAAGUAGGGAAGCCCAAUGGGGUGGUACCAUCUAGAAGCAUUAGUCCCGGUGGUGUCGGAUCAAAUCUAAUGUACAACCCAUCGCAUUACCAGUCACAGGCGCAGUUUAGCUCGAUGGAUCCCCAGGGAGGCACGAGGGGAAAUGGUUUGUGGAGCAGAGGAGGUACAUCACCAACACUUUCGGCUGCUUCGUCCCUUGGACUCUUUUCAGGGCUGGGUGCGAGUGGUUCAUCAGGGUCUUCGUCUCCGGUGGACUGGAGCACGGGCAGCUCGAUGUUACAAUUCGAUUAUACCAACAUAGACUGGAGUCUGGAUCUUGGCUCCCGGCCGAAUGGGUUGUGGAAUGGUACAAAUUACUCUUUACAGAACAAUACUACGCGUACAUUAGAUACAUUUGGUUAUGGAAUGGGUGUAAAGUCUGCAAUCAGACCGGUUGUAUCAGGUGGGAACGGCGCAUCGAUGCAGGAGGCGACGGAACCAAACGCGGCUGGGUCUCGGGAAUGGACUUCUCCUUUUGAAGAGAAGGAUCUGUUCAGUUUGCCCAGACAGUUUGUUUCUUCCCCUUCGCUGUAAACAUGAAUGGGGACUAAAGAAUAAAAAAACAAAGACAAGGAAUGAAUAUGCUUCUCUUAUUGUGUAUUGCCAAUCUUAGUGCAAAAAGAAAAGGCGUCCAAAUUCCAUUGCUUUUAAUGUCAUCUUCUAUUUAUUUUA